AAUGCUGUUAUUAUAAUUUAUAGAACAAAAAAAUUUGAUUGCUUUUUUCUGAGACAUUGUAGACACGCGAUGGGCAUGCCUACCUCUUUAUCAAGAGAACGAGGAUUUGGCAAAUGCAAAAAAGAGAGGGGGAAGAAAGACUGACAAUCAGUAAGGGCGAUAAAACGAACGAACGUCAAAGAAAGAAGGAGCGGGUGGGAUGAAGCGAGAGAGGCUGAAAGAGGGAGACGGACAGGAAAGGAGAAAGAGGGGACGAGAGCGAAAGAGCGUCUGAGUCUGAACGGUGGAGGUUCACUUGGAUACUCUCGGUCAGUCACAUACGCAACGCGGAACAGUGAAUAGUGAAUACUUUUUUCUGUAACGAAACGAUUAAUUUGAUUUCGUCAUCAACGGUAUCUACUGCGUGUUUAAUGCCUGUAGCAUUUCGUCGAUAGGUAUUUGUAUCGCGUGUGUUUUCGCUUUCAAGAUUGUGCGAUUCGUUUGCUUCUGUCUCAAGAGUGGUUAACCGGGGGUGUGAGUGGGUUUGUUACGUGCUAAUUUUUCCUCUUUCUUCCAUCUGGUUCGCCGAUAGUAUCGACAAAGGGAGGAUGAUGCGGCCUUGGAGCUGAGACCGCCCCGCAGACUGCGUCAGACGGAAGGUCCGGUACCACAACCGAUCUCCAAAAAGUAAGAAAAGCUCUAAUAUCGUCUCGCGUCUCGACCUUUCCACGUUGCUAGCGUACUCGCAAACAACUCGAGUAUCAGAAACGAAACGAUAGAACAAAGCGUUACGAAACAAAAAAGAGCGAAUACAAAAAAAAGCAGAGCUUAAGCGUGCGAGAGGGGGGAGAGAGAGAGAGAGAGAGAGAGAGAGAGAAAGGGUGAAAGGAGGCGACAGAAAGAAGCGGACGGAGAGAGAGCACAGGUGGUAACCAGAGCUAAGAAGAAGAAGGAGCAGAGACUGAAAUAGGAAGGACGAAGAAACGAAUGCUUUCGAACUGAGACGGUGUAUAGGUCGUCGAAACUAUACAGGGUAUGUUGCAGCGGUAAACAGGCGAUCGAACGAAGAAUUUAAGAAAGUUGGUUCGAGUGGCGCGCUUACUGUUGCAUCGUCGUCUUCCGAAUUCGAAGCAAAAGAGGAACUGGUUAAAAGAAGGAAAGUAGAGGAGACGAGGACAAGGAAGAGACAGUCGACAGCCGAGAGAAGAAGAGGGAUCGUGCGAAAGGGUCGGCCGGUGGUGAGAAAAAUGGCUUGCAGCUGCACGCGCUGCGGUUCGACGAAUAUGCUGCUGAGUGCUGCGUUCUUCGCGUUUCUCGUCGUUGCUCCGUGUUAUGCUAGCACAGAGAAGGCAAGCUACGUGAAACCGCCUCCGUGUCAGAGCGAUAUUUACUGCCAUGGCGAGCUGCUGCACACGAUACAGAUGGCCUCGAUCUACAAGGACUCGAAAACGUUCGUCGACAUGAAGAUGAAAUUCUCGCCGAACGAGACGCUGCUCUUAUUUCGCGAAUUCAUGGAAAGCGUGGAUCAAGCACCGACCAGGAACCAGAUCGAACAGUUCAUCAACAACACGUUCGACCAAGAAGGAUCCGAGUUCGAGGAAUGGAACCCAGUGGAUUGGACCAGCCAACCCAAGUUCCUUAACAAGAUCCACGACCACGACCUUCGCAAAUUUGCCUCCGACUUGAACCAAAUUUGGAAGAUGUUGGGACGAAAGAUGAAGGACGACGUGCGGAUCAACGAGGAUCGAUAUUCCAUCAUCUACGUGCCGAAUCCGGUGAUCGUCCCCGGCGGCCGAUUCCGCGAGUUCUACUACUGGGACUCGUACUGGAUCGUGAAAGGGCUGCUGCUUUCGGAGAUGUACACCACCGUCAAAGGAAUGUUAACCAAUUUCGUCUCGCUGGUGGACAAGAUCGGUUUCAUCCCGAACGGAGGCAGAAUUUACUACGCUAGGAGAUCUCAGCCUCCCAUGUUGAUUCCUAUGGUCGAAGAGUAUCUGAAGGUGACCAACGACUACAAAUGGCUGGAAGAUAACCUUCACCUUCUGGAGAAGGAGUUUGAAUUUUGGAUGACCAAUAGAACGGUGGAAGUCGAAGUGGACGGAGUCAGAUACACUUUAGCCAGAUUCUUCGAGGAGUCUUCGGGACCCCGACCAGAAUCCUACAAAGAGGAUUACCUGACCAGCCAAAGUUUUCGCACGAACGAAGAGAAGGACAACUAUUAUGCGGAAUUGAAGACCGCGGCCGAGUCCGGCUGGGACUUUUCUAGUCGAUGGUUCAUACUAGACGGCACGAACAAAGGUAACCUGACGAACUUGAAAACGAGAUACAUUAUCCCCGUGGACUUGAAUUCGAUAAUAUAUCGAAACGCGCAGCUGCUAGAACAGUACAAUCGAAGGAUGGGCAACGACAGCAAGGCCGAGUACUACCGGAAAAGAGCGGACGACUGGAAAAGAGCGGUCACGGCCGUACUCUGGCACGACGAAGUCGGUGCUUGGCUCGACUACGACUUACUGAACGACAUCAAAAGAGAUUAUUUUUAUCCGACGAACGUUCUACCGCUUUGGACCGAUUGUUACGACAUCGCAAAGAGAGAGGAAUACAUAGCGAAGGUGCUCAAGUAUCUAGAGAAAAAUCAAAUAAUGUUAAAUUUGGGCGGUAUACCGACCACCCUCGAGCACUCUGGCGAACAAUGGGAUUACCCGAAUGCCUGGCCGCCCUUGCAAUACUUUGUCAUCAUGUCGUUGAACAAUACCGGAGACCCGUGGGCUCAGAGGCUCGCCUACGAGAUCAGCCAACGAUGGGUUCGCAGCAAUUGGAAGGCGUUCAACGAGACGCACAGCAUGUUCGAGAAGUAUGACGCCACGGUAUCAGGCGGUCACGGAGGUGGUGGUGAGUACGAGGUGCAACUAGGUUUCGGUUGGAGCAACGGGAUCAUCAUGGACUUGUUGAACAAGUACGGAGAUAGACUGACGGCCGAAGAUCGUUUCGUAAUAGUGCAGAACGUCUCUCCUCCAGCGGUCGUCGUUUCGACCGCCGGUCAAAUGAUGACCGGUAUCCUCGCCCUCCUAAUAUCGUUGGCCGCGGGAUUCAUCGGAAUGGUGGUUUACAAAAGGCGGCAAUACUAUGUUCCUGGACCGUCGACGAUGCCAAACAAGAGAAAAGUGAUCUCACCGUCCGGAAACGUUUAUCGAAAGAGGAUCGCCUACACUGAAUUGAAGGACAUGAACAAUGAUUGACGACCGUUGCUCUUUUAGAAAGCCGAUUCGUUUAAAGAGACUCUUAAAACGCAACAAGAGCACAAGAAGACCGGGGAUAGGAUAAAAGGAGCGCAGACGCAAAAAGGACACCAAUUAGAAACCAGAAACCGUCGAUUAUUGACUGAUCGCGAUCAAGAUCGACCGUGAACCAACCAGCGAAGAUCGUCGCUUUCGAUUUUCUCGCCAAAGGCUAGAAAGCUUGGUAACAAUUCGUGUGCGGUUUCAGAUCGUCCUCGCACGAUUCGACUACGCGAACAUCAUCGCCGUUGAUUUGCGCACGCAUCCAUCGCGGUGAAUCUUCCGACUCGAACGUUCUUACGUUCGGAUAUUCGUAAGAAAAGUUCGCACGUUGGACGUGCGUGAUCGCGUCCGUCUCAAGUUCUUUUUCUCUUUCUCGGUUUUCAGUUCGGUAAGUGGAUCGCGCGCGCUACAUUCGCGGGGAAGGUGAUACGGUAGCACGGUGACACGUUAACGACUCUUUGUAGGGCAACUCUGUCGCUGAUAGACUAAAGCGCGAAAAUUCGACUUCUCCGAAGGAAAACGUUCGAGAAGAGACGGCAGUGCGGAACGAUUUGGAACGCGACACAGCGCGGCACUAAAAACCGCUGGAAACCGUGCGUUUCGCUCGCCAAGCUUCGCCGCGACUUCGACGGGUAUCCGCUCGCGUCGUGGUCUCCCCCACUUUAACCCUUCCCUUCCACUACGCGCUCGGCCUAAUUACACGACAGCUAUCUUUGUUGCAAUCACGCGCUUAUCCUUCUCGAAUUACCUUAUAAUUUCGAAACACACUGGCGACGAGCGGAACUCGCGAAAUUGAACACGGACGAUGGUGUGAAGAGCUGUGCGGUGCAAGGAUCGAAACGAGCGACAACGUGCGUGCGUUGAAGCUCGGACGAAGAAUGUGCAACUUUGCGACCAAGCUUCAUGGCACAUACUUCCACGUUCAUUGUUUAUAGGUGAGUUUAGAUAAUCGAUUCUGUAGAUAAAAAUGUCGUAUCUUUGAGGAUAUUUUUGUAUAAAGAGCAGCUUGUACGUUUAGUGAAAGUCGCGUUCUCAUUGCUAUUUACCAUCCGGGAUAACUCGCUUGAACGUUAUUAUCGACUUGUAUAAACGAGUCGCGCAAAGUUACCGCAAGGUGCGCAUCGCUAUCCGGAAACGGUGACGGGAUGAACGAUCAAUUACCGACGACGAGAUUUCGCAAGAACCGGUCUUCGUGCUUUGCAUCCGUCUAAUUGUAAAAGAUGCAUCGAGCUAUCCUCGACGUUUGUGACGACCGAAUCGAAACAAGAGACGUCGUUUCUAAUCCGAACUCUAUGCUCGCCCAACUUUUCUUGUAAAUAGUAAUGCGUAUUCUCGUUGUUCGACGAUUUGGAACGUCGAUACGCGGAACGUAAUUGGCCAAACGCAUAAGACAAUUUGAACCGUUACUUCGACUACAAUCGUUGUUUAUAGACAGUUUUACGUAUCAAAAAGCUCGAGCGAACAAAAUUUAGCACGGCCACGGAACGAGUUAUUGACGAACCGUCGUCGAAGCGCGUCAACCGACGAAUCGAAGAUCGACUGGUUCGAGACUGAAGAACGUUACCGCGAUAUCCUGGAUCUUCCGAUAAUCGCGAUCGAUCGCCGGCAGACGAGCAUCGACCAAUGAGCACCGCGUCUUAAUGAUUUUUGACACUGUUAGUUUUAUUAUGAGCGACGCGAAUAUUAUAUAUAUAUAUAUAUAGAUAGAUAGAUAGUUAGGUAGAUAGAUAGAGAAUUUUGUGUUUGCGAGUGAACGAAAAAUCGGCCGAGAGCCGAUGAAGAAUGAUCGCGGUUGAUCCUAUGAGGAAAUUUACCGCAUCACGAAGCAUGACGACGCGGUCGGAUGGACUCGAUCGUUAGCUGCGACUGUUUCGCGCACGCGCAUGCCUAUUCUGAAAACCAUCGCGCGCCGUCUUACCGACGAAAAAUUCGCUCGAAACCUGUACAUAUUUUGCGGUGAAAUAAAUCUGUUAUUUUCGCGUUACCGUUUAACGACGGAGACGAAUCGCCUGGUUCGUUCAGGAUGCGCCGAGUCAGGAUGCGCAUCAUGUUUAACAAGCAGGAUAUUAAGAAACUAUAUUUGCGAUUUGCAGAUAAAACGGAACCGGUAAGAAUUUAUUGGAUUGUUCCAAAAGUUCGUAGCAUCUUUAUUACAAAUAAUAAUUCCGUCUAUCAAAUAAUGAAAUGUUCGAACAACUAUACUGUUCUUGGUUGGAUAUUAAAGAAAAUUAGUAAGAAUUAUCCAAAAUUUAUUAAUAAAAUAUGUUUCUCUUUUUCAGUGGGACAAUGUUAAACGUUAUACAAUCAAAUUUUGAAUCGUAUCUAAAAUGUUCGUCUUUAUCGGUCUCGUUACUAUUUAUUGUGAUCUUUAGAAAAUUUAGUCGAAAGUUAAACAUGAAAUCAAAAAUACUUUAGUAGAAGCUUGUAAAAGCUAUGCGAAGUUCAUUGAUGAAAAAGACGACAAAUUUUUAAUUUAGAUCUUUCUUAACUCAUAUUACGAAUUUCCCGAACAGUCUAAUUUGUUAGUAAAUUCCUUCCAUUAACGACAACAAACUUCAAGAGAUUUUUCGCAAGAGAUGUCGUGGCUUUUUACCAUCAAAGAUGUUACUGUUCCCAAUUUAAAAGGAACCACACGAUGUAUUUUACUUAACUAAACUAUUUUCUUCUUAUUUAUUUAUAUAUUGUUCGUCCUUUAAAGCGUCAUAACCUACGCGUUUUCUUUUAUUGUUUAAUUACGUCGCAAAAAAGCACGAUUCUACUUUACCAUCGCAUGAAAUGAACGUUAUCAACAGAUUGCGAAUGUUUACACAAAUAUUUAUCAUACUGAAAUAUAAAUAUAGAUUUCUUUCAAUUAUUAAAUGCUAUAAACUGUGCUUUACUCUGAAUAUUUUACAUAUUUUUCUCUUUUAUUUUCCAUAAAUGCAUAAAUAUUCGCAACCUGGGUAUCAACAACGAUCAGUUCUUGCGACAACGAAUCGAACGACAAUUUUGACACGCACUGUGUAUAUGUGCGAUACUUUGAUCAUUGUGAUACUUGGAAAUAAGUAACUACCCACGCGCCGUUAUAUAUGUAUUACGUUUCUUACAUCUUAAUUCUCUUUUCCCCGCUCCAAACUUCUUGUUUCUUUCGUUCGCAUUUGAAAACUGUGUACAGAGGAAAAACACGAUAAGACGUAUUUCCCAUCUCUUUUCUAUCAUGCUGUAGUUUUAAAAUUCACUACGCUAUUAAUUAAUCUUGUGUUAUCAAAAUUGUUCUUUUAUUUAAUAUUUAAUCCAAACAUAUAUUUUUCCAUUUUAUUCGUAGUUUGAGAAACACUGCUUGAAGUCAUUAAAGUAUUGGACAUAUUAAAAUUUUCUUUAUCUUAACAAUCAUACUUCUGGCUAUCCAUAUCUGACAGAUUCUUUCCAGUUCUAAUUAUUUUAUAUUAAAAUAUUCCGGUUCUAAUACGAUAUUAGCAUCGAAAAAUCAAGAAAAAGGUACUUAUCAUGUUUUCUCUUAAGAUCUUAAUUCUUAAACGAAUCGGACAUCGCGUCCUUUUAUUUUCUUCGAACGAUUCUAAUCGCGAAUGCGUAACAAAAUCAUCGAAGGGGUUUCGUUCCUAUCGAUCGUUCGAUUGUUCAUGACUGACAUCAGCGCCAUCAGAUUGAUGAUAAAAGAUCAAUUCUGAAUUCAUUUGAAUGCGAAUCUAGUAUUUUUUAACCCUUAGAGAACUAAUAUCUCAUGGGAAUACUUGUAUAUGUGUGUGAUGCGUGUUUUCAUGAUCACCGAUGUAGUGUAAACAGGAAUAUUCGAAAUCGAGAGAUGGCUGUAACCGCGCAAAAUAUGUACACCCGCACAGAUACGUUCAUUGAUAGCAGAAAAGAAAAAGGAAAAGAGAAUAUAGAAAGAAAGUAGGGAAGGAGGAAAGGAAAGAAAGAAAGGGAGAAAAAGCAAAUGGUUAUGAUACGCUGGCGUAUCGUUUCAAUGUUUCUAAGAAGAUUGUCGAAUCCGUCUGCUUUUUUCUUUCUUUCUCCUAUGAAUGUACAUGUACAUGUAUCGGCAAUUGUAUAUUUUAACAAAGUAUGCUCGUUUGGUAAAUAAAGCUCAAGAGAAAAGAAAAGAAACGAAA